AUGGACAGUAAUAUAGCUGAAUACCGCAUCAGUGACUGUUCAAGAGAUGAUGCCAAUGGACCAGAAUGUUGUCUCAUAAAGAGUCCGCACGGGUGGGAAAUAGGAAUCUAUGUGACUGGCGCACUUGUUCUGCUGGGAAUAGCUGCACUAAACCUGUGGAAACUAUGGAAGUCUGGGAAUUAUCCAACACCGUCUCCAUUUCCCAACUACAACUACCGAUAUCUGGAACAAAAGUACGGGACUACGUAUUCGGACAUCAAACACAAGAGAGGGGGAGCCUCAAACUUCCGGAAGGCAGCAGAAAGGACGUCCCCUGUCCGCAAGCCCAGCCUGAAGAUGGAUGACACCUUUGAGAACAUCAAUGAGCUGGGUACCUUAGAGUUGAUGAGCAAAGACCUAGAUCUGGGUCCAUUCGGGCCACUGAAGAAAUCCGUGUCCACUGACUCCCUCAGCUCCAUCUCCUCCAUCGGGAAUAACUUUGGCCAAGACUUCACUGUGGGCCAGGUGGAAGUCAACAUGGAAUACGAUGUGUUCUCCAACACCCUGCACGUCACGCUGCUGCAAGGGAAGGACCUCCUGGAGAAGGAGGACGUCAACUUUGAGUCGUGCUUUGUGCGCAUCAGCUUGCUCCCAGAUGAACAAAUCAUUGGCAUUUCCAGGAUUCAAAGGAGUGCCUUUUCUGUCUUCUUUGAUGAGAAGUUUUCCAUCCCCUUGGACCCGUCUGCGCUGGAGGAAAACAGCUUGAGAUUUUCUGUCUUUGGCAUUGAUGAGGACGAGAGGAACAUCAGCACCGGGGUAGCAGAGCUGAAGCUGUUGGACUUGGAUCUGGCCAGCCGCCCAUUCAAUGCUUGGCUGUAUCUGCAGGACAUGAACAAGGCAGUUGACUCGGUGGGAGAGAUCCUGCUGUCUCUUAGUUACCUACCCACAGCGGAGAGGCUGACGGUCGUUGUGGUUAAAGCCAAAAACCUCGUGUGGACCAACAGCAAAAUGACAGCAGAUCCUUUCGUCAAAGUGUACUUGCUUCAGGACGGGAGGAAGAUCAGCAAGAAGAAGACAGCUGCGAAGAGAGGUGACACAAAUCCAGUGUUUAAUGAGGCCAUGAUUUUCUCAGUGCCUGCAAUCGUCCUACAGGAUCUCUCUCUCCGGGUGACGGUGGCAGAGUGUUGCGAAGAUGGGAGAGCGGAAAACAUUGGCCAUGUCAUCAUUGGCCCGUCGGCCAGCGGCAUGGGCAUCACGCACUGGAACCAGAUGUUGGCCACCUUAAGGAAGCCAGUGUCCAUGUGGCACCCAGUUCUACGAAACUAA